AGGUCGUCUGGUUGUUUCACUCAUAGGUACCGUUCCGCCUUGUUUGCUGAACUGAAGGAGGAGUUCUGGCCUUGCAUGUCAACAUCAGCUUCCUGAGCUCUGCUUCAAACAUAGCUGGACAAAAAUGCUGGUCCUUGUGUUAGGUGACCUGCACAUUCCCCAUCGAUGCAACACCCUACCUGCCAAAUUCAAGAAGUUACUGGUGCCUGGCAAGAUUCAGCACAUCCUCUGCACAGGAAACCUCUGUACAAAGGAGAGCUAUGACUACCUGAAAACAUUAGCUGGAGACGUGCACAUUGUCAGAGGAGACUUUGAUGAGAACUUGAAUUACCCAGAGCAGAAGGUGGUGACAGUGGGGCAGUUUAAGAUCGGUCUGAUCCAUGGCCACCAGGUGAUCCCCUGGGGUGACAUGGCCAGCUUGGGACUGCUUCAAAGGCAGCUGGACGUGGAUAUCCUGAUCUCUGGACACACGCACAAAUUUGAGGCUUUUGAGAAUGAGAACAAAUUUUAUAUUAACCCUGGUUCAGCCACAGGGGCCUAUAGUGCAUUGGAAAGCAACAUUACACCAUCGUUUGUUUUGAUGGACAUUCAAGCCUCCACAGUUGUAACGUAUGUCUACCAGCUCAUUGGAGACGACGUCAAAGUCGAGAGAAUCGAAUACAAGAAGUCUUAAAACCGUUGAUGGUGUCGGCUCCCUUCUUUCAGGAUGUUAAUCUUGUCAUUCCCUCUCACAUGAAGAUCACCAUCAUACAAAUGCUGUAUCAUAACUUUAGGCUAUUUUAAUGUAAUAUAUUGUUUAUAUGUCAUCAGAAUGUCAUUGUUUCUUUGAGUUUGUGGAUUCAGCAGAUGGUCAUUGAGAAUGCAAUAAUGUUGUAUUAUUUGCAAAAUGUCUGCGAGAAAUAGUCUGUUAAUAUGUUGUGUGCCCUAAUUAAUUUUUCAAGGCCAUAAGACGUUUGAAAUCAUGUUUCAUACAAUAAAACACCACUUCACAUGAAAAA